UCUGACGUUCGGGAAGAUCAGUGAGUUUUCUGAGAUGUUUUGUUUCUGAUCUCUCAUCUAUGUGUACAGAUUUAGAGGGAGAAGUCAAGUCCAAGUACAUUCUGCACUGGAGCUACCGGAACUACACCUCGCUACCUGAGGAACUACUUCACCAUGGUACUCAUGUGGAGGAAAUUUAUCUACGAGAAAAUCACAUACUAUCAAUGCCCAAAUGGCUGACUGGAUUGACAAAUCUGACUCACCUCUAUUUGGCUGGCAACAAUAUGCAGGAGUUCCCUUUUGACGUUGACAAGUUGGUAAACCUGUGCUACAUAGAGUUGAGCCGUAACAAAUUGGUAACCCUGCCAUCCAGCAUUGUCAGCCUGAGAAGACUCAGUCAUCUUAUUGUGGACUUCAACCUGUUACAAGCUCUACCAAAAGAGCUGGGCAGGCUGAAGGCUCUCUACAUGCUGCACGUUAACGACAACCAGCUGCGUGUUCUGCCCGAGUCUGUGUGUCAAUGUGUCAGUCUCUCCGAACUGUGCCUUCACAACAAUCAGCUGACCAGCCUCCCCCAGCCGAUUGUGUAUCUGCCCAACCUAGAGACCCUGUCCAUACAUGGUAACAAUUUGCUAUAUCUUCCGAGUAUCCGUUUCGUCUGCAACUGCCACCUGACGUUCUACAACAACCCUCACCUCAACUAUCUCAGCUACCACCUGACCUACGGUCAUGAUGGGGACUUGCACCACCUCAUGUCCGGCUGCGGUGGCAGUGUAGAGGACAUUUCCGAGUUGACCAACCUGGUGUUGACGAUCCCCCAACAUCAACGCCACCUGGUGUUACCUAAUGGAUUAACGCACGCCUUCUCUCGUCCUGGUGUCCCUUCGCUGUUUGAACUAGCAUUGCGAGCAACAUAUGCUCACACAUACAAGAUAGAGGAGCAAAACCGAUACAGUGACAAAGAAAAUUUGGAAAAACUUCCCUUAAAGUUGCAAAAACUGUUAUACUAUGGCCCCACCAGUAACUGCGUCAUGUGCAACAGAAACAUUUUUCAAGAAACGUUUCUUUCAGUUUUCCUCCGAAGUCAUAUUUCUGAGCACCGCAAACUGUUUGCCGUGAUGUUCCUAUGUUCGGCUCGUUGCCUUUCUCUUUACACCAGCCGAGUCUAUGAAUCCACUGUAGAGAAAGUUCAGUGGUAUCAAGCACUGUAAAUUUUAUGAUGUGCUCAUAUGUAUAUACUGUUUGUUACCUUUUUGUACGAGUUAAAUAAAGUUUAAAAACUAAA